UUGAUUGAAAAGUUACUUAACACGUACUUUUGAAACCAUUAAAAGAUUGCUCAAUAUCGCUCUACUAGCAGUAACGGUUUGCCAUUCAUUGCCUAUUCAUUGCACGAUGGCGGGAAUUUUCGACAGUAUUUCUGUUCUGGUGUUGCUUCUACUAUUACGGAAAAUUCAAGCCGCUCCUGAGACCCAAUUAAUUCUCUUGCCAUCAGAUUGUGGAACAGGUAUCGUCGUCGACGAUGAUAAGGUGUACACAGGAAACGAGGCGCAUGUGGCCAGCUACCCGUGGAUGGCUAUCUUGCGCUACUACAGUCAUGACCCGAUGGUUGGGGGUUUAUUAGUUGGACGUUUCGAGGACAGCUGUGUUGGUUCACUGAUCAACAGCCGUUAUGUACUGACGGCUGCCCAAUGCGUGAAAUAUUACGAACCGUGAGCAAAUUUUCAACGUAGUCUCCCUUACCUAUUGUAACAUAUUUUUACUUUAAAAAUUUCAGCUCCAAAAUUAUACUGGGUGAAUAUGAUAAGGCACACAACCCUGACUGUCAAAGCUCCGAGAUUGACGUAGAACCCGAGCGAUACUGUGUCGGUCCAAUCGAAGAAUUCGGCAUUGAGUCGACUAUAGUUCACCCAGAAUAUAGUAGACGAAAAUGUCAGCAUGAUAUUGGAUUGGUUCGGCUAGAUCGAGAGGUCAUGAUGAAAGGUAAUUUAAAAAUUGAGGGUUUACAUAUUUUCCACUUAACUACGCCCUAUUCUUCGCAGAGCAUAUCCAGCCGAUUUGUCUGCCCGUUACUUCUGAACUUCGUAACGACUAUGCUGAAAGUUAUGUCGUAACCACUUGGAAGAUACCCUUUGCCGUUGAUAAAGCGGAUUCAGUUUGGAGUAAAGCGACCGUUCGUCUCAUCAACAGCACUGAUUGCAAACAGAGGCUUGGCAAAGUUAGACGAUUGGAGUUGUUGAGCAAUCUUUACAUAUGUUCUACUGGCUCGAAUCAAAUUUGCGGAGGAAGCGCUGGCGCACCUUUGGGAAACAUUGUCUCACAUAAUGGGGAACGCUUCGUCCAAUAUGGAAUUAAUUCGUUUGGAAUAACAACAUGUGGAUUACUGAAAUACCUGAAGUGUUUACGAAGGUGAUAAGCUAUGUGGAUUGGAUUUUAGAUAAUAUUUCACCGUAGGUUUGUGAAAAUUGUGUAACAAUGGCACAAUCGAUUUUCCAAAUGGUCAAUUUCUGCAAUUCCUUUGUAAAAUCUUUCGAAAAUAUCUUGAGAGGGUUGUUGCGACUCUGUGCGCUUUAGCUUAACUGCGAGCAAGCGGGAGCUGUGGGAAUGCACACGCACUUUGCACUUUGACGUUGCGCGAAGAGUGACGACGACGCGGGUGGCUAUGAUUUGCCAUGCCUACUGCGAGCACAAGAUGUGCCGUGCGUCGUUACCAACUGGUACAUAUAUUAGUAUGAAUCCACUAUCACACAGACUCUAUUAGAAACUUGUUUGGCACGGUGGUGGUCGUUUCUUUCGCUCCCGCACGGACUAUGCGGAGCUUCUUCCUUCUUCUUCUUUCUUCUUCUGCUUCACUUUUGGGCACUUUUGGACUGUAAAACAGUCGUCCUUGGCGUUUAGCUAGAGGGAAGAGCGGGCUCCUUUGUCGGAUCCCCCCUAGCGACGGUGGCGAUAAUACGCCGGGCAAGUCACUCGCCGUGACUAGCCCUGGUAGUCUCAUCAGAAUACUACCACAGGUGGUGAGCCCCUUUACACCUACCUGUCUUCGUCUUCCUUGACUGUUAGCUACACGGGCGAGACAAGGCUCAAUUGACUGAGCCCGUGUAGCGAAGACGGUGGGUGCUUGUCGACACUUGGCUAAACCGCCGGGAAGCGAAACACUCCUUUAUAAUUAGCUUCCCGUGAUGGCGGCGGUCGUCACCCUUGUAGCACUAUCACCAUAGACUAAUUUCAAGACCUCGAUGUACCAAAGAAAACGAUCAAAUUUUCGGUGACCAGUCCGGUACCCAGUAAAUAUUCAUAACUGUGUAUUUUUUCCGUGUAAAUUGCCUUUUGUGUAAAUUUUAUUUAGCGUGUUACACUGAUCUGACAGCUCUGACAGUAAGGGACUAAACAUAAAUUACGUAAAGUGAGUACCGAGGAUUGUUCACAAUCUGCGAACUUGACUGCGGAAAAAAUUGCGACCAUGACGCCGCUGCUAUC